AUGCCACCAUCAUUCCCCUGCCAAAAAAACCCCAAAGCUCAUGCUGAAGGGAUGGAGCGUGGGAACCACACAGAGGUGACAGAGUUCCUACUGCUGGGGCUGUCUCAGACCCGGGAGGUCCAGCUUUUCCUCUUUGUCCUCUUCUUGCUCUUCUACAUCGUCAUCUUCCCAGCCAACAUCCUCAUCAUCCUCAGCAUCUGGGGUGACCCCCACCUGGGCUCCCCCAUGUAUUUCUUCCUGGCCAACCUGGCCUUCCUGGACAUCUGCUACUGCUUUGUCAUCCCCCCGAAGGUAAUAAGCCACUUCUUGUCCCACCACAAGACUAUCUCCUACGGGGGAUGCCUUGCCCAGCUCUUCUUUCUCCACCUCCUAGGAGGGGCUGAAAUCAACCUGCUCAUGGGCAUGGCCUUUGAUAGGUAUGUGGCCAUCUGCCAGCCCCUGCGCUACACCACUGUGGUGAGCAGAGGGGUCUGCUGGGCCCUGGUAGGGGCUGCCUGGGCCGUGGGGUUCAUGCACUCAUUCAUCCAGGUCAUCCCCAUUGCCCGGCUCCCCUUCUGUGGCCCCAAUGAGCUGGACAGUUUCUUUUGUGACAUCACCCAGGUGAUCAAGCUGGCCUGCACUGAUGUCUAUGUGCUGGAGUUCUUCAUGUUCUUCAACAGUGGCCUGGUCACCAUGCUGUGCUUCAUCCUCUUGCUCAUCUCCUACGGGGCCCUGCUGGUCCGGCUGUGGGCAGGUGGCUCCUCAAAGGGGAUGAGUAAAGCGGCCUCCACCUGCAUCACCCACAUCAUCAUCAUCAUCAUCAUGUUUGGCCCGGCCACCUACAUCUACUGCCGGCCCUUCCGCAGCUUCCCCCUGGACAAAGUGGUGGCUGUGUUCCACACCGUGGUCUUCCCCCUGCUGAACCCCAUCAUCUACACACUCAGGAACAAGGAGAUCAUCAGUGCCAUGAAGAGGCUGCUGGGCAGAUAUGGGCUGUGGAGAGGGAAAUAG